AGUUUGUUUGAGGCUGGAUUGCAGGGAGGUGGCACAGAGGCGCACUGACUCCACAGAAGCGCAAGUGGAUGGAAAGAGCCCAAUGUAAUGGAGAAAGUGAUCCGCGGUGCAGAGAUCGGUGCCCUGUAAACUCGGGAAGGCGGGGAGAGACGCGUUCAUGAGACAAGAGGGAAUGAAGAGUAGGAGAAAGAGUUUUAAUGAAGAGUUGAAUUUAUUUUCCGAAAUGGCACGGAUUUGUUCCCUCGCAAAUGCGCAUUUUGCAAAGAUGACAUAGCACUUGAGAAAAUGGGAAUCCUCCAGGAACAGAACUCACUCAUGACCUGAAUGAAAAGAGAAAAAAGGGAUUUUACUCAAAUCGGGAAUUUUUGUGUCGUCUUCUUUUACUUGACAAGCCUGGGUUGUGGGUGAAGAGCGCAGAGUGAAAUAUGAAUCUGGGCAAAGCACUUCUGUUUGUCCUCCUCCUAAAUUGUGUGACAAUGACUCUGUCUCUGUCCACUUGCACCACUGUGGACAUCGACCAUAUCAAGAAAAAGAGAGUAGAGGCGGUCCGGGGACAGAUUCUCAGUAAACUCCGGCUUACCAGUCCGCCUCAGACAACAGGUCCGAGUCAAGUGCCGUUUCAGGUCCUGGCCCUUUAUAACAGCACCAAGGAGCUCAUUGAGGAGCUGGGGAGGGACAGGCAUCAGAGUUGUGGACAGGAUAACACGGAGACUGAGUACUAUGCCAAAGAGAUUUACAAGUUCAACAUGAUCAGCGGGUCACCAGAAAACAAUGACCUCCCCUACUGCCCUAAGGGUAUCACCUCCAAGGUAUUCCGCUUCAACGUCUCGACCAUGGAGAAGAACUCCACAAACUUGUUCCGGGCCGAGUUUAGAGCCCUGAGGAUCCCCAACCCCAGCGCCAAGAAAAAUGAGCAGAGGAUUGAGCUCUACCAGAUCCUCCAGAAAGACGACCCCAAAGCCAAACAGCGCUACAUCGGGGGCAAGAACGUCCUGACUAAGGGAACUCCUGAGUGGGUCUCCUUUGAUGUGACUGAGACAGUGAGGGAGUGGCUGAUGUACAGACAGACCAAUCUCGGCCUGGAGAUCAGCGUGCACUGUCCCUGCCACACUUUCAGGCCUAAUGGUGACAUCAUUGAGAACGCCAAUGAGGUCCUUGAGGUCAAAUUUAAAGGUAUGGAGGCCGACUAUGAUGAUCUGAGCCGUGUGAAGAAACAAAAGGAGCAGCUGUACCCACACCUUAUCCUCAUGAUGCUCCCGCCCCACAGGCUGGAUGCUCAGUCCUCCUCCCGCAGGCGCAAGCGGGCGCUUGACACCAAUUACUGCUUCAACAAUUAUGAGGAGAACUGCUGUGUGCGACCACUAUAUAUUAACUUCCGGCAGGAUUUGGGCUGGAGGUGGAUCCAUCAGCCUGAAGGGUACUACGCUAACUUCUGCUCCGGUCCCUGUCCUUACCUUCGCAGCGCUGACACCACACACAGCUCGCUGCUGAGCCUGUACAACACCUUGAACCCUGAAGCUUCCGCCUCACCCUGCUGUGUUCCUCAGGACUUGGAGCCCCUCACCAUCCUCUACUACGUGGGACGCUCCCCAAAAGUGGAACAGCUCUCCAACAUGGUCGUCAAGUCCUGCAAGUGCAGCUAGACUUCAGGGCUGUCGUGGCCCUGGCUAGAGACCCGGGAAGUAACUGCUCCCAGCACUACUCAGGAGUGGGUACGAGGGGUUGAUCCAGUUCAUUCUCCACCGCCUCCUCCUGCUUUGGCCUCUACCUGAGCUUUCUUGAAAAAAAAAAAAAAAAGAUGCAGACCACCACUCCGCAAAUAAACAUGGCAGCAAGAAGACUCCUCAAACGCCACUACACUAACAGUGCCCUCAAAUCCACCAGCCCUUCUCAGAAAUCGCCUUGUACUCAUGUUUUUUUCAUAAUCCAGCAUUUUUGAACAGCAAGUACCUCAACGUCAGCAUUCAAGGCACGUUUUCAAUAACAGAACAGUAAUCAAACAAAGACCACUGCAUUCUUAAGGACAUCUUAUUAUUGGAGAGAAAGGACAGAGAAUGCAGACUGGACUCAGCAAGAUAGGAAUAUGUCAGAGAAAGUGAAAAAGUUCCUUGUUCUCUCACCUGACAAACACAGGGCACCUUCUAACUCCACUAGCUGGAAACGGACUCAGUGCACGCCAUGGCUCCCGACACUGUUUCUUUAAGAUUGAAUGCUGUUGAAUAAAAAUGACCUUAGGAAAAAAGAAAACAUGCUGGAAACCAACCUUUAUUUCAAAGUAGUAUUUCCAUGGUUAUGUUUACCUCUGUAAUACAACAGGAUAGUGAUUCCAGGGAUCAUUUUAUUUUAAAGUGAAGCCUUUCUGUUGUAUGAGACGAUAUAUGUCACUAAGUGAACACUUAACUAGAUCACAAACUGUAAAUUUUUUUUCUUAUUACUCUUGGAAACACUUUUUUUUAAUUAAAAAAGAACAGUUGGA